AUGUACUGUUACGGAAAGUUUCCGGUGCUCCGCCAUUCAACUGUUGAUCAUGAUGAAGAAUGUUGCGAGCCGACCGAGGAAAUUGUCCAGAUAAUACCGGUUCACUUUCUCCAAAAUCCGGAAUUUGAUUCACUUGAUUCUGAUGACGUGAUCUUUGUCUGUCCAGCCCUCCCAACCUUCCACCUCCUCGCGUACGACUUGGCAUACCAGAACGAGGAGUUCGAGAGAAGAACCGGAGCCAUUGGAGCAAACAUUCCUGGCGGUGGGGGAGGUGGAGGUCCUCCUUUAAAUCCUCCAGGUGGAGGCGGUGGCGGCGGAGGAGGAGGACCUGAUCCGGGUGGAGGUGGUGGUGGCGGUGGUCCUCCUCGAACCGGAGGAAGUCCUCCGGGAGGAGGUGGAGGUGGAGGUCCACCAGUAAUUGGUGGAAGUCCUCCAGGAGGUGGCGGUGGCGGAGGGCCCCCAGUAAUUGGAGGUAAACUAGGAGGUGGAGGUCCUCCAGUGAUAGGAGGUAGCGAGGAAGAACCAGAAGAUGCGGAUGGAGCAGACAAUGUCAUUUUGACUGAGAAUGACAAUACCUCAAUGUAUUUCGAUAAGCCAUCCUUAGCUGCUUCACUUCGUAAUCUCAUUCUCGCUUGCCACAUUGUUUCUUCCGUCCACAUCUGUUCAUCACUUGUAUUCCUAUCCACACCAUUGAUGAGCAUAUUAAGCAUCAGAAGCACUCUCAUUGUGAGCUUCGUAUCUCGCGAUUCAAAGAAUUGA